AUGUUUAAUGGAAACAGUGGCAAGCAGCGGCAUUUUGGACCAGUGGCGGAUAUCUGUUCAUCAAAUUUAAACGCACUGUCAAAUAAGACACCAAGACUCUUCACAGUCAAGCAAUUAUUUGAAGCUGAGCCCAUUCUGCAUAUUCAGCUAGAGCUAAACCAGAUCAAAGCUAAGGUUGACCAGAAGCUGGCAGCGAAGGAUGAGGAGAUGGAGCAAAAAAGCCAGAGGGUGAAUGAUUCAAUGCAGAGCACUUUCAAUAUCAUAAUACAGAAGGAUAUUUGUUUUAUCUGUUUUGUUUUUUGUCAGGAUGCUCAUAUGCACCUUGAUGAUGCUGUCAGAGGACAGGAAGACAUGAAGGAGCAGGUUGCCAUGGUGGAGUGCAGAAAUGGCCUGAUGGUGGCUGAGAUUGAGGAGCUGAGAGCCGCUCUGGAGCAGACAGAGAGAGGACGCAAAGUGGCUGAGCAGGAGCUGGUUGAUGCUAGUGAGCGUGUUGGACUGCUUCACUCUCAGAACACCAGUCUUCUGAACACCAAGAACAAACUGGAGGCUGACCUUGUUCAAGCUCAGUGUGAAGUGGAUGAGUCUGUUCAGGAAGCAAGAAAUGCUGAGGAGAAAGCCAAAAAGGUUAUCACUGAUGCUGCCAUGAUGGCUGAGGAGCUGAAGAAGGAGCAGGACACCAGCUCUCACCUGGAGAGGAUGAAGAACCUGGAGGUCACGGUCAAGGACCUGCAGCAUCACCUGGAUGAGGCUGAGAACCUUGCCAUGAAGGGUGGCAAGAAGCAGCUCCAGAAACUGGAGUCCAGGGUACGUGAGCUGGAAGCUGAAGUUGAGGCUGAACAGAGACGUGGAGCAGAUUCUGUUAAAGGAGUCUGCAAAUAUGAGAGGAGAGAGAAGGCGCUGACCUACCAGACUGAGGAGGACAAGAAUGUGACCAGACUUCAGGAUCUGGUGGACAAGUUGCAGCUCAAAGUGAAGAUUUACAAGAGACAGGCUGAGGAAGCCGUGAGUCAAAUGUGUUGUGAUCUUUCAUCUGGGAAUAAAUAGUGACAUAAAUAAACCAUACUAAUAUGAUGCAAUGGUUACAAAAUAUACUGUAACUGUAAACCCUUCACAGUUCAAUUCAUGACCUAAAUGCACUCUCUAUAGAUUUCUUUAUUUACUUUGCAUAGAUAAUGUAGAUAUAUAAUAUGCUAAAUGCCACAUAACAUUAACUUGCAUAAGCACAUAAGUUAGGUAACUAAUUUUUAUGGAAGUACAUGCUGAACAAUCAAAUUUUUCUUGCCUUUUUUCCAGUCUGACUCUGCUGAAUAAGACAACAACCUGGUGACAGACAGGCUUAAUCUUAUUUCAAAAGGUGUCCUCGUUAAACUAUGUUAUUUACUCUGUAUUUUACUGGUAUCUAUAAAAGUCAUGUAGUGUUCAACACAACAAGGGCAGCAACAGCCAAGUUAACUGAUGCAGUUAGUCAAGGCUGCAUCAGUUAACUUGGCUGGAAUGAGCAUGGUCAUUUUAAUUACAAAUGUUUCUCAUGUUAGUUAUACAGUCAAACAGAAGGAUAAUAAAAGCUGUCAACACUUCACUAAACCAUUAAAUGUUCAUGGCUCUAA